AUGGCUCCCAAGCGGCCCAAGAGCGGGGCGGGCGGCGGGGCCGCGGCGGCGCCGGGGGCCGGCUCCAAAAACUGGGAGUCCGGCCUGGUGACGGCGCGCCUGGAGGAGGAAAAUUGGAUCCCAAGCAUUGCCUUUGUCGUGGGGAACCAAAUCGAAGACGAAUUGCACAUGAAGGCUCUGUCCCUCGCCGUGCAGUUUCCACUGCGGAGGCUCUUCAGCGUGAUAUCUUGGGAAGGAAUAUUAGAAGAGAUUAUGGAUGCUGAAAAUGUAAAAGCCAAGAAAGUCAAAGAAGGUCUAACACCUUUGUAUUACGAGGUGAUGGAGGUAGCAAAAAACAUUCUGGAUGCUGGAGAUUCACUUCCCGUGACUCUGAUUGGCAAGUUAAUUAAAUAUCAAAUGCUUUGCAUCAAGCAGAAGGAUCUGCUGAGGCGGGCUGCUGAAAAGAAGCCGCCUGACGACCGAGAAAAGGAGAAAGAGGAGAAGGGGAAGGGAAAAGGGAAGCCUGCCGGCAAGAAGGAGAAGCCUCCCAGCGCCAAGGGCAGCGGGAAAGCAGGGAAACUGAAGAAGGGGUCGGAUGUACAGCAGCUGUCUGCAACGGUCGUUAAAAAGGAAACCAAGCUGAGGCGCCGUGGAGAAGAGGACGAUACCGAUAAGUACAUCGACGACGAGCCGGACGAUGGCGCUCAGUAUUAUUUCAUACUCCGGGGUUUUCCCUAUCCGCAACUCUUGCCCAUCCUGUCUGAACUGGGCGUCAACGUUGGAAGUGUCAUUAAAAUUUCUUCUGACAGUUACGAGCCGCUACGGUCUUACCUGGAAUCCAUUUCACAGCCAGAAGACCCUCAUCUUGCGCCAGAAGCGUUGGAAGCUGAAAAAAAGAAAAAGAAAGACCAGGCAACAAAGGACCUGAAAAAUUUCUGGAAGUACUUGGAGCCCAUUCUGAACAGCGGGAAGCCGGGAUCGAACCUUUUCCAGAUUGCUAGACUCCAUCACCUCGCCAAGGAGUCGACCUUUCCGGCUGACUGGACUAAUAACGACAUGCUGCUUGAAUUUGGAACGGAGAUCUUUGAAAGCCUCGCCUGCUUAAUGUACGACUGCCUGGACUGGAGGAGGCAGCAUCAGCACUUCUUGAAGUCCACCAGAUUUAUUAACGUUCCAGUCAUCGUGGAGAAGAAAAGCAAAUCGGUGCUCGCCGAGGGACAUCCCACGGCUCCGACUACACCUUCAAGGAAAAAACAGGCUCUGGAAGAGCCCGCUGCAGCGCCGGUGUUAACAACAGAUGUGGACAUGAGGUAUUACAAUGAUCUGCUGAGCCAAGUCCCCGAAGAAGUUGUUUCUGUUCCCUUGAUCGUUCAUUGCAUGGUGGAACAGGUUGUUGCAUCAGAGGAAAACCUGACUCCGCCCAGUAUGGUCAUUCCAGAGCCACGCGAAGACGGGCUGCAUCAUUCCAUCGCCAGGCACAUUAUUUCGAUCUUGCCUUCCCUCGCCCUUUCUGAGAGUGAAAAACAGGAUCUGUACAACUCUUUCUAUCCUGCAAAUCAAGAAAAGACAACGUCUCACAGACGGCCUGUGAUCCUGAAUUAUCACGAUGUUCUGUCUCAGAAGUUGCACUUCUUAAAGGUACUGGAUGGUUUAGAUGUAGCUGAGAUUGAAAGUGAAAUGAUGAGCAACCUGCCUCUGUUCGAUCUUCUUAAAUUCCCUCUUCCAUCCCCUGAAAGAAAUACCAAACGCCUAGCCCGGCUUCACGAGCUGAUGCACAAUUGUACCAAUGAAGACCUGAACUGGGCAGAAGUUGAACGAGCUUUUAAAAUAUUUACUUUCGAAAGUCUGAAGCUGACCGGGGUAGACGAUGCCGGACAGCUGGAAGGCUCUGGCAGAAUGCUCGGAGGAGACCACGAGGUGCCUUAUAUCCCAUGGGAUAAUCCUGCGAGGUUCGCCAAGCAACUGAGGCAGCAGUGCCGCAGCAGACGGAUGUCAGCGAAAAGCGAACUGAACGAAUCAGGUGAUGUCGUUCAAGAGAUAGAAUUAGCAAGCAUACAGAAGACCCAACAGCGGUGUUUAAACGACUGGAGUUUUGCUGAACAUUUUGAGCCACAUAUUCUUUUUCAGGUUCUUCACAGUGCAACCCAGAAUUACCGGUGCCUUGACUCUUAUUAUCACACCCAGGAUAACUCUUUGCUGUUGGUCCUUCACAACCCCAUGAACCAACGUCGUCAGUUUCAGGAGUCGUGGAAAGUGGCCCUGCACUCCGAUGUCGGUUUCAGGAAUUAUUUGGAAUUGGUAGCCGGUUCUAUUGGUGAGUGGAUACUACAAGAAGAGGUCAAAUACCAGGAAGAAAAAAUGGCAAAGGAACUAGAAGCCCUUAGGUUAGCUAAAGAGUUGGCAGAAAAACCUCCAGUUGAAGUCAAGUCUCCACCGGCCGCUAGAAAAGGUUCUACUGCUUCUAAGAAAGGCAAAAGUGCCAAAAGCAAAACAGAAGUUUCUCCCGAGCCUGUGCCUGAGAAGGAAAAAAACAUUUUUAUCCGAGACGACUCUCUCAAGGCUUGGAAGGAAGAGCAGGAACGGCUGUUAGAAGAAGAACGGUUGAAAGAACUGAAAAAAACCGAGAAGAAGGAAAAAGUCGGUACCAAAAAAAAAGGCCAGGGUAAGGAGCCACCAAUCCCUGAAGAAGGAAAGCUUUCUAAGAAGAGAUUAUCCAAAGAUAAAUCUAAAUCACCCUCCAAAUCGCCAGAGUCGAAUAAAUCACCAGAACCAGAAGAUCAGGCAAAGCUGCAGAAGCUGAGUAAACAGAUUAUUCCUCCUCCUCUUCCCCCUGGCAAGACUUAUGAGUUUCUUGGAUAUAAUAUGGGGGAGAACCCCGUUCAAGUUACAGGGAUUACUCGAUAUCUCUUCCCUGUGGACGGAGGGCAAAUCCAGGCGGAAAAGAUAACAUUUGUAAAAGGGUCAACGCUAGUCAAAGUGAAGGUGGUAAAGGACAACCACAGUUUCUUCAUUCAUAUCAUAGACCCCAAGGAAAUUCCAGAAGACCAUAAAAACGAUCAAGAGAGUGGUGACUCUCAGGAAGCGCAACAUACUGAGCAAGGAAAGUUGGUAAAUCAAGACAAAGUUGUGAGCAAAUUUGGAUCAUUUUCUGCCACCUUAGAAAAUGAUAUUCAUCUUUCCUUUAGUUGCUAUGGACCUGAAGGAAAAGCCCCAGAUAAGAAAGAUCCCGAUUUAGCGGCCGCUUUGUCCAUCCCUUCAGCAAACCUGCCCACGUCCACGUUUGUUGCCUCGGCUGUUUCUGCUGCCACCGUUCCCACACCAGCAAAGAACAAGCCCGUUAAAGAAAAAUCUGCCAAAUCUUUACCAUCAAGCAAAUUGAGCUCUCGCCUCACUGUUACCGCAUCGCCAGAAGACUUUUCAAAGCAAGAAGAGAAAAAGGUGGAAGUAGAUGAGCCGAUCCAGAUGCAGAUACCAGCCACACUGGAAGUCCGCGCUUUCAAUACUUUGAAUGUGUCCUGUCCCAGUGGCUUGGUGUUGACCUUCAUUGGCAAAAAAUUCCCAGAGGAAGAAAAAGGAAACAAGGGCAAAAACAGUGAUAAAGAAUGCAAAGCGGAGGAGGCUAAGUUGGAUGAGGUCAAAGCAGACGAAAUCAAGAUCCAAGAGCCCAAGGUGGAGGAACCAGCCAAGGUCGAUGAAGCCAUGGCAAACAAGACCCAAACAAAUGGAGACCAGAGUGAUGAGGCCAAAGCCGCUGAUAUACCUGCAGUUGACUAUACCUUUAUGGAUGUUUCUCGUGAAACUAAGGCAGAAACUGAAGCAGAGGAGGCCAGUGUGGAGAAGGAAAACGAAUUACUCUUUGAAAUUCUUACUAGGCAGAGUUAUCCACAAAGAGUAAAGCAUUCGCAGAUGCAGAAUGCAGUGAAGAAACCAGUAGAACAGGAGGUGUCUAGAGUUAUUACCCGACAAGGGACUGUUGUAAAGUACAUGCUGGAUGGAUCCACUCAGAUUCUGUUCGCUGAUGGCACCGUGAUCAGAAGUCCUGAUUCUGGUCCUGUGAUGCCACCUCCCCCUGUACUGAGCACACCACACACAGAGGUCACUCCUCCUGAGCCAAGCACCAAGAAGAAGAAAGGCGGCAAGGUUGCAAAGACCGAAAUGAUUGAAAUCGUUGUUCCGGAUCUCAUGUCAGAUAGUGACCAAACCUCCGACUCCCUGGCAGGCACCUGGAUAACUACUACCCCAUUAGGUGUUCAAGUGGGCACCAAGGGGUCCGAGAGACUGGAUCUGAAGCCCCUUUUGGCCUACCAGGCCACAGAUCCAGUGAAUGGAACGGUCGUGACGAUGCGGGAAGACAGGGUGGUUAUAGUAGAGAAAGCGGACGGUUCCAGGAUAGUCGACCAUGCUGAUGGCACCAGGAUAACCACCUUCUUCCAAGAGUGUGAUGAAAUACUGUCUGAUGGCAGCGAGGAAGCAGACACUGAGCCCCAGAUCAUCACAAGGCAGGUGAAGUGCAUCCGUGUGGAGAACCCGAACUUUGCAACUAUCAUAACAAACUCUGAAGACAGCACCUGUUGCGCCAUCUUUGCGGACGGAACCUCAAUAAUAUCAAAGCCGCAAGGGACAUAUCAAGUGUUGCCCAUGAACAAAGGCCACCUCUUCAUUGAUGAACAUUGUACCGCCGUUUACUCACCAGAGGCAUUUGACAAAAGCAGAUGUGAAAUUAUUUCCAAUAAGGAGGACCAGCAGAUAGGGAAAUACAUUAUGAAACACAACUCCUACAUUGCCUGCGAGAUGACCGAUAAUGCGGGAAACAUUUUCAAGGUGAUGUCUGAUGGCAGCACAUCCGAAUUCAUUGCCAGCUGCGAUUCUGACGAGAAGGAACUGGAAUUGGAACCCACAGAAAUUCAGACUCUGGUUGUAUAUGGGGAACAUGCACCCAGGUUCUUCAUUGUCCAUGCUGAUGGCUCGGGGACUGAACUCCUCCGUACCAGGGACACAGAUGAAUAUCUGUGUAUGGCUUAUGGUGAUCCAGUGACAGCAGUUCUGCAAGAGCCAAUACAAGAAUGCCCAGGCAUCCUGAGCAUCACGGUCCUCUGUCCUCUGGAUGGGGCAUCUCGAUGGGUAAUGAAGAGAGACUCUGUCAGUAUUAUCCCUUAUAAUCUCCAGUCGAGGGCCUGGGAAAAUUUCCCUCCAGUUGAGAGAAAGACUCCAGGCCCUCCUUUUGGGAUGCACGCUUGGAAAGGCCUGAACAUGGAAUUCAAGGAGUUAGCCGGCGCUGUUCCACCUAUAAAGAAAAAUCCAGAUGUGCUCCAGAUUCGUCGCCUGAUACAGUACGAGCCAGUGAGCGACGAGAGGAGACACCUCCUGCAGCUUUCUGUCAAGGCGUACAUAGAGAAAGUGAUAAAGCAAGAAGAUGAGAUGCAAGAAAUGAUUAUUAAAGAUCCAAGAACUGAAGAGGAGAGGAAGAAUGCUGCAAACCUUCUCAAGCUAGUGAUGUCUUUCCCUACUGUUGAAGAAUCUUCAGAGGAUCUCUGCAGUGGAGCUCAGAUUGCUGAAAUAUAUGAGCAGGCAUUCUCUCCGGAGUCCCAGCAUCCGCAGGCCAGCACAGCCGCAAAGAGGGCUGAAGAAUAUUGGCAGAGAUUCCGCCAGGAAGAGGCAGCGGAGGUGACUUCCUGGGAGAUCAAAUUAGGACAGACCAGGCAGGAAAUUGAGGAUGGAAAGCAGUGUUUCAUGCGCUUGGGGAAGAAAGAUAUCCCCCCUUAUUUCAGAUCGGAAUUCGGCAUCGAGUUUUUACAAAAGAAGCUUCCAGACGUUGAACGACUUGCAAAAGAGCUCCCUCCGUUUCCAAAGAAGUCAAACAAAGAAUGCUUGUUGGAAACCCUUACACAGUCCCAUGAAACUGGAACUACUGAAAGCAGCUUAGAUGAAGACAAUGUAUUGUCAUACCUCUUCAAGCCGAAGCCCCGGUCUCUGCUGGUGAAUGCGGCAGGAUUCCCGAGAAAAGAGAAGGUGAAAUUGCCCUCCUGCGUACAGGGAGGCAUGCCAGAAGGUGUAUACAAGAAGAAGAACAGCGAACCUGUUUCUGGGAAAGUCAACACGUCGUCUGUCGCGAAGGCAUUGAAACCCCUGUCCAGCUUCCUUCUCAUCCCAUCCAAGGUGACAUUUGGGGUUCUCAAGGAAGGCUGCACUUAUGCCACCACAGUGGUCCUGAAGAACAUCGGAGUGGAUUACUGCAGGUUUCGGGUGCAACAACCGCCGCCCUCCACUGGACUGCACGUAACCUUUGUUCCAGGACCCGUGGCUGCUGGACUGCAGACAAAACUGGAAAUCAAGAUUUAUGCCAUGGCCAUUGGGGCGGAAAGGGGCCAGGGCAUGGGUCAGAUUCACCACCAUAUUGAAAUUCACACCGAGAAGGAAACUCUCCUCUUGCCCGUGGAUGCAAAUAUCCUUUUGCGCAACAUCUAUGACAAGAGGCCGCCAGACUACCCUCAGGGGGGCAUGGCAGCCUCCGUCCAGCUGAUUUCCACAAGCCCGGCCUCUGAUUUCACGACAGUUCUUCCUUUCAAGCUUCUUGAUAAAGUAAGCAAUGCAAAAUAA